GACGAGGAAGCAGCAAAGGCUGCUGAUGAAGAACGAAUUCAACGACGCGAAACGAUAUUCAGAGGAGAGCGAGCAUUGCUCACAAUGGUAGCGGACUGGCGGGCUGAGGCCGAGAAUGGUAAGAUGGAAGAGAGUGAAAGCAAGAUCGCUCGACUCCUCUCCCAUCUCACGGAUCUCCUGACAACAUCCAUUACACAGCAGGAGGACAUCCACAGCCUCGACGACGCGUUGGCUCAACUCAACAGCCGCCUCCAGCAGCUGGAGCAACGACCCGUCGCCGCCCUCGAUUCCAGCUUCUCCAACACCUUUGAUCGCCUCAAUGCAUUGGAGAUCGACGUCGGCGCCCUCAAGGACGACACGCAGCUACAGCAAACCGCCAUGCAACAACUGGAGCAGCGGAUCUGUGCUAUCGCCGCCAACCCUAGUUUGGCACCGCUCGAGACGACUCCAAGGUUCGACGAUCAGGAGAUCUUCUGCGAUUCGACGAAGACGGAGUCCAACCCGAUUUUGUGGUUCUGCAAGUUCGAGCUCAAGUUGCAGCUACACCAAUACGGGGUGGUGUCUGCCGACUUGUACACCAAGAUCAGCUGGGAUGAUCUAAAGGCAGCGUGGCAUAAGCGGUUCCAAGUAGAGCCGCCAGAGAUCAAGGCAAUGGACAAGUUGAUGACCUUCGAACAAGGCAUGCUGUCGAGCAUUGACUGGAUUGUCGAGUAUCAACGCUUGACAUCCGUCCCAAACAUUCAAAUGGGCUUCAAGGCCGUCAAACACUACUUCAUAUUGAGGUCGUGUCCAGCGUUGGGCAACGCCUUGACUCACGUCAAGGACACCCUGACGACAAUGGCGGAGCUCUUCGACAAGGCCGCGCAGACUAUUGUCACGAACAAGGAGGCUAAGAACCUCCAUCGUUCGGAGAUCAAGGCAAUGGACAAGUUGAUGACCUUCGAACAAGGCAUGCUGCCGAGCGUUGACUGGAUUGCCGAGUACCAACGCUUGACAUCCGUCCCAGACAUUCAAAUGGGCUUCAAGGCCUUCAAACACUACUUCAUCUCGAGGCCGUGUCCGGCGUUGGGCAACGCCUUGACUUACGUCGAGGACACCCUGACGACAACGGCGGAGCUCUUCGACAAGGCCGCGCAGAUUAUUGUCACAAACAAGGAGGCUAAGAACCUCCACCUUUCGUCUGCGAAAGGCCCGACCAGAGAUCAGCAUCGGCCGAAAGUGGUCGUGGUCGCGGCGGCAAUGUCAACCAACCAAUCUAGCGAGGCCGUUGUGUUUCGCACCUCGUGCAUGCGAACCAGUGACGUUCGACAUUUUGGACACGGACUUCGAUAUCAUUUUGGGGAUGCCUUGGCUUGCAAGUGCGGAUCACAUGGUCAACUUCCACCGGCGGACUCUUACUGUCCGGGACGCCUUCGGCUCCGAAGUGUCGUGUACUAUUCCUCUUCCCCACCCUUGGAUUCGGUGCCAAGUGGUGACGGCCAAGUCCUUCCGGGCUACUUGUGCUUUCGAGCAGCCCCACGAAAUUGGCCUAUGUUUCCUACGGACCAUCACGGUAGCCGACUCUUCACCCACGGACUUGUCUUCGGACCGUUGCUUGACGAGUUCGCCGACAUCUUCGAGAUACCUAACGAUGUGGUGCCGGAUCGGCCGAUCUCAAACGAGAUCAUUGUUGAGGCCGGUGCCGUGCCGCCGAAAGGUUGCAUUUAUCGCAUGAGCGAGGAGGAGCUUACGGUCCUCCGCGUGCAACUGGAUGACUUGUUGGACAAGGGCUGGAUUCGCCCUAGUGGCUCCCCAUAUGGAGCGCUAGUCCUCUUCCUACAGAAAAAGAACAAGGAUCUACGAUUGUGGAUUGACUACCGCAAACUCAACGCGCGAAUCGUCAAGAAUGCGGGGCCUCUUCCUCGUAUCGACGAUCUUCUUGAGCGACUGGGCGGCGCACAAUACUUUUCUAAGUUGGAUUUGACGUCGGUAUAUCACCAGAUUUCGAUCCGGCCGAACGAUCGCUAUAAAUCCGCGUUCAAGACGCGAUAUGGGCAUUUUGAGUGGGUGGUCAUGCCUUUUGGCCUCACCAACGCCCCGACGACCUUUCAAGCGGCAAUGACCAACGAGUUCCGUGCAAUGUUGGACCGGUUCGUGCUGGUCUACUUAGACAACAUUCUCGUCUAUAGUCGAACAUUGGAGGAUCAUCUUGAGCACCUUCGACGCCACGCCAAGUACAAAGCCAAUCACCUCAAGUGCGAAUUUGUCCGGCAAGAGCUGAAAUACUUGGGCCAUUUUGUCACACCGGAGGGCAUCAGUCCGUUAUUGGACAAGAUUCAAGCCAUCCAAGAGUGGCCGGAGUCGCGGAACGGCACGGAUGUCCGUUCGUUCCUUGGCCUUGUCGGCUACUACCAACGUUUUAUCAAGGGAUACUCGAAGAUCUCGGCCCACUUGACCAAGCUUCAAUGCGAGGAUCGACUGUUUGACUUCGGAGAGGAUGCGCGGGCAUUAUUUUUGGCCCGCAAAGCCGUGUUAUUAUCUGCGGAGGACUUGCGUAUAUAUGAUCCGCUAUUGCCAACGCGCGUCACUACGAAUGCGUCCGACUAUGGCAGUAGUGUCGUCCUCAAACAACACGAUGGCGUGGACUCGCCCCCGGUCGAGUACUUCAGCAAGAAAGUGCCCAUCGUGCACUCAAUCGAUGAUGCACGCAAGGAGAUCCUAACCUUCGUCCACGCGCUCAAGCGGUGGCGGCACUUCCUCCUUGAUCGAAGUCAAUUUCGAUGGGUAACGGACAACAAUCCGUUGGUCUUCUAGAAGACCCAAAACACCGUCAAUAGCACCAUCGCCCGUUGGAUGGCUUUCAUCGACCAAUUCGACUUCUUUCGUGAUCACAUUCCGGGGAAGUCUAACCUUUUUGCGGAUGCUCUUUCACGGCGUUCGGAUCAUUGUACCGCAGUCUAUUCAACCUUCGAGAUCGGCGACGACCUGCGGGACAGCUUCAUCCAUGGCUUCCAAGCCAACCCCGAGU